AGAUAGCAAAGAUCUAUAAUCAACGCCUGUUGUUGUUUGAAUGAGCCAAUUUACAUGUAUUCUUUUCGCUUUAAACACCGCUAUUUAUGAAGCAUCAUGAGUCAUUAUCGUUGCUAUAUACGGAUAAUUUGUUCGCAUAAUUCUCAGUAGUAUCUUGUUCACAUUUAUGCAGACAAAUUUUCAUGUAAAUGUUUCACCAGUUUGUACAUUAAAAAAUAAACAAACAAAACGGUUGAUUCCAUACAUAACAAUAUUAUUAUUAAUAAUAACAGUAAUAAUAAUAUGAAUGUAACUAAUAAUGUGGUAGUGACACCAGCACAUCUACUGACAUUAUUACCUGGAGCUAUUCCACCUGAAUCAACAAAUUAUUUCUAUGGAAAAAUUACACGUGAACAAGCUGAAGAAUUAUUAUUUACACAUGGAGCUAACGAAGGUCUAUUUUUAUUACGUGAAUCAGUAAAUAGAAAUUAUGCUGUAUCUAUAUGUCAUUUGGGUCGUGUACAUCAUUACAAUGUGGAACGACAAACAGAUUGUUCGUAUAGAAUUCAAACAGGCCAUAAAUUUGUUGGUCCAGUUGAAUUAGUUCAACAUCAUUCAACACAAUUGGAUGGUUUUCUUACAUUAGCUCAAUUACCAUUAAAUCGUCCAGUUGGUAUGUCACCAAUUGUUUUACAAGGUUUAAAUGCUAACGAUUUGGAACAUAAUUUACGUUUAAAAGCUAUAGAAAUGGGAUUAAAAGGCCAAAGUGUUGAAGAAGCGUUAAAUGGACCAAUGCGUAAUCAUUUACGCUUUUUAGUGAUAAAAGAUUUACAUUUAUUACAACCAUGGUAUCAUCAUACUAUAAGACGAUAUGAAGCUGAAUCACGUUUGGCUAGUGAAGGAAAUCAAGACGGUGCAUUUUUAGUUCGUUAUCGUAAAGAAGAUAGAACAUAUGUAUUAAGUUUAACAAGUCAAAAUGAACCGAAACAUUAUCGUAUUGAAGAAUAUUUAAGUAGAUGGUCUAUAGAAGGUGGACAAUAUUUUGAAACUAUCAUGGAACUAAUUGAUCAUUAUCAUUUUCGUCAAGAUGGAUUAUUAUGUAAAUUACAAAAACCAAUACCAGUAUCGAAUUUCACACGUUCAUUUUCAGGUUCCGGUGGUGUAUCAAAAAUUACAACAAAGGAUGACUUCAAGAUUCCUAUUAUUUCUGAUAAAAAUCAACAGUUUAAACCACAGACAAUUACGUCAAAUAAUUGGAAUGGUAGUCAUUCAUUGCCAUCGCUUAAUUCAAUUCCAGUCACUGGAGUUAAUCCAUUUAACAAUAUUACUAAUACUAAUAUACAAUCUAUAGUGAGUAACGGUGUAAACGAUACAAUAACCUCGAAAACAAUAACAGCGGUGACCACUACUGUUACUAGUAUCACUACCACUACUACUACCUCUACUAUUAACAGUACUUCUACUCUUGCUACAAAUCCAAUCAGACAAGAUUUAAUUUCAUUCAAUGAAUGGCCGAAUGUUACAAUGCUUUUAUCCAAUCAAAAUUCAUCAAAUGAGAUAAUAAGAACAACUGGAUCAAUUGUUCCAGGAGCUAAUACAACGAUAACAGCAAAUGAACAAGCUUGUAAUUUUAUAAAUCGUUAUCCGAAUCCACAAACAUCAUUCACUCCAUCCAUCGUUAAUUUAUCAUCAUCUAAACAAGCACCAUUAAAAAUGACUAACAGUAAUAAUGAUAAUAAUAAUAACAAACAUAUUUCAUCAAAUCGUUUAAUUCAAACAUCCACAGCAAAAGUUACAACAACAACCCCAGCGGAAUUGGCAAUGGUUACAACAUCAAGUUCUGGUAAUUUCACAAAUGCUAUGUUAAUAGGAUCUACACUUAUACCACAAAUGGCCUUAUUUGAUAGAGAAAUAAAUGAAGUUACUAAAUUAAUGAAUGGACAAGCUACAUCCGUUAGUAAUAAUACACAUAAUACUACUAUGAGUAGUAAUACUAACGUAAAAGAUUCACGUGUUGGUUGUUUGAAACCGAUCAGAUUAAAUGAACCAUUAACAACAAUGAGUAAAGCAUUUGCUGAAGUGGACAAUGCUAUUGCACAAGUUGUAUCAAAUGCUUUCUCUUCUUCAUCUACGAACAGACAAUUAAUAUCACCAAUAACUGGUACAAUUACAAAUGUUAUAACAACUACCACUACAGUAAUGACAACUAUGAUUGCACCAAGUACAGAUAAUUUGAAGAAUAAUAGUUGUGUUAAUACUCAUUUUAUACAUAAUCACUGUAAUCAUACCACUGCUAAUAGUACUAUUGAUCAUCAUAAUGAUAAUGUGAAUAUUAUUGACAAACGUAUCACUAAUACUAUUAUUAAUAAAGAAUUCCCAACACAAACAUUACAUUUUCCUCCGAUAUUGGAUACACCAUGGGAAGAACCAGAUUGUAGUGAAGAACAUGCACAAAGUACAUCCAGCAGUGGUGGAUCAUUUGGUGGUGGCUUUGAUAGUGGUAGUAGUGGUGCUGGAAGUUGUGGGAAUUCUGGACUAACACCAACUAAUACAAAUUUAUCCACAUUUAUUGGAAAUAAUCCAUUUUUACCAUUGAUUAGUCCAACGUUAACGCGUCGUACUUCUUCAUUGAAUAAUUCAAAUCAUUUAAUGAAUAAAAUAAAUUUUACAGAUAAUAAUAAUAAUAAUAAUGAAACACCUUGUUCAACUAGUACUACUACUACUAAUAAUAAUAAUAGUAAUAAUAAUACUGUUGGUAAUAUCGGACCAAUAGAAACUCAAUCAAGUCGUAGCGCUUGGGCAAAUGCAAUCAGUCCAGAGAAUGCUCAACAAAUUUAUGACGAAUUGCCACCAUCGAAUUUCUUGUUAAACUCACAAACAGUAACACUGAAAGAACGAUUAGGUGGAGGAAAUUUUGGUCAUGUGGUCAAAGGUUUGUAUCGUACUCCUUCAGGACAAGAAGUACCAGUCGCAGUGAAAACUCUGAAACCAAAUCAAAUUGUCAAUUCUGGUGAACGUGAAAUUCUCGCUGAAGCACGUACAAUGGCUCAAUUGAAACAUCGACAUAUUGUAAGAUUAAUUGGUGUAUGUAAAGAGGAACAAUUUAUGCUUGUUCUUGAAUUGGCGCCUUUAGGUCCAAUUAAUAAAUAUUUGAAAAAACGCCCUGAUGUCAGUGUGCAUACACUAACUGAACUGAUGCAUCAAGUUGCAUUGGGUAUGGCUUAUUUGGAAUCAUGUAAAUUUGUACACCGAGAUUUAGCUGCUCGUAAUGUCCUACUGGUUACACGUCAUUUUGCAAAGAUUAGUGAUUUUGGAAUGAGUAAAGCAUUGAAUUUCGGUAGUGAUUAUUAUCGGGCUGCAACGGCUGGGAAAUGGCCUCUAAAAUGGUAUGCACCUGAAUGUAUAUAUUACUUUCGAUUUGACUCAAAGUCUGAUGUAUGGAGUUAUGGUAUAACUUUAUGGGAAGUUUACUCCUAUGGUGAAAGACCAUAUAGAGAUAUGAAAGGUGCACAAAUAUUGGCAAUGUUAGAUCAAGGUCUACGUUUAUCACGACCAAGUCGAUGUCCAGAAUCAAUCUAUAGUGUUAUGCAACAAUGUUGGAAUUUUGAAGGUGUACAUAGACCGACAUUUGCAGAACUUGUCUUAACAAUAUCACGUAUUUUAAGAGCAAUGCCAUCACCACAAACAAAUAUUUGCAUUCCCAAUCAUCAUCAUAGUAAUAAUAGUGGUAGUAAUAAUAUUAAUGCCAGUAAUAAUAAUAAUGUGUUAUCAAGUAAUUUAUCAACAAAGUUUGAUCAUUUACAUUCACCUACUCAUCAACAUAAUAACAGUAAUAGAAGUGAUAACACUAACAACACCACCACCAUCAUACACAACAAUAAUACUGGUCUACAUCCAAUUGAAUUUAGUCCAUUAAGACGUCUUGGUGGAAUCGGUACAAGUGCAAGUUCCGGUGGAAGUGGUGUAAACAGUGGUGGAAGUGAUGGUACAUCAUUUUAAAUUCAAUAUUCAAUCAAAUGAUGGUUAUAUAAAAUAAGAAUAUAAUCAAACAUUUGUAAACAAUUAAUAUUGAUAACUAAACAACCCAUGUAAUGAUGCUUUACAUAAGUCACCAGGAGAAGAAAAAAAAGAUAACUUUUUUUUAAACAUUAUUGAUAAAAUCGAUAACAGUUAUUGUUUUUGCAUAUUUGCAAACAUUGUACAUUUUCAGUUUAUAUAUUUUGGUAAGUUUUCCUCUACUCUUUCCUCCCUUUUCUUCCUUCCUUCCUUCCUUCUUUCUGAGUUUGUUCUUUCGAUAUUCUUCAAAUGAUAAUCAUCAAAACAAUACGAGAUAUAUAUGAAAUUGUAAAUGAUUUCUAAUAUUUUUUAAUUACUGUCUUAAAAAAACAUUGAAGAAUAAGUAGAGAUAUGAUAACUUUAUCUAUAAUUACCAAUGAAGCCUUUAAAUGAUUUUGUUUUAAUAGACUACAUUGUUAUUAGUGUUUUGAAUCUAUUUGAAUCCUUUUAAUUGAAUACCAAUAUGCUGAUGAUGAUGACGACGACGACAACGAUGAUGAUUGUCAAUAUCAUGAUAAACAUUUAAACAAUUUAGAUUAUUAAUUUCUUAAACACUAAACUAUUAUAAUAAUCUACAUAUGAAUGUGUGAUGUUCAAUGAAACAAUUCUAUUCAACUGAUGCUUUCUUGUUGUUGUUGUUGUUGUUGUUGUUGUGAAAGUCUACAAUUGUAUAUAAUCGCAAAGUACACUUUAUUUUUAACUGAUAACCAUUGAAGAAGGAAAACAAACUGUUGAAUAUCAAAGAACACUAGUUAUUGAUUUGUAUUUUUUUAAUAAUGUAAAUUUGUGAUAAACAUAUAUAUAUUCAUUACUUCUUUUCUGAAUUAUUGUUCAAUUGAUAUCAGUUUGUGUACAUGAAGAUAAUUCUUUGAAGUAGGAAUAAUAUUAAUAGUAACCAAAAUAUAUUGAAUAAAUCAAUGUGAAUUAAUGUGAAUAACAUUAACUAUUCAUCAUCAUCAUCAUCAUCAUCAAUUAUGUGUUAUGGCAAUAAUAUCUACUUUUUUUCUUGUUGAUAUGUAAAAAGUGAAAUUAACUGCAACAUUUUAUCGUAAUGUUUUCUUCUAUUGCUUGUUAACCCCCCCCUCAGUACACACCACCACUUUUUUCAAAUGAAUUUAUAAACGUUUAUUUUUUUUUGUUUUAUGUCAACUAUUUAUCAUAAUAUUCAUGUGUACACCCCUAUUUCUUAUUUACCUGUUUAUAGACUAUGUACAUUGAAGUUUAUCUUGAGUUGUUUUCGUUUUUUUUUGUUUUUAGUUGCCUAUAUUCUUCUCACUUGUGUGCCUCACUGUUUUAUGCUUAUUUGUUAACUAUUAGGUUAGAAAUUAUGUUCAUAAUAAAGGAUACCUAUACAUUAUAAUAUAUACAGAUAUAUGCAAAGAUACAUACGUUUAGAUAUAUAGAUAUAAAUUCCUAUUAUGACAAUGACAAAUGUUAACCCUUGUCCAUUUUUAUAUAUUUGCAAUACAAAUCAAUGCAUUAUUAGUAAUAUGAUUCCUCUUUUCAUAUUACUAUUACUACUGAUUACUAACUACCAAAUGUUAUCUGUAAUAUGUAAUUUCAUUAUUUGUCUGUUUAUAUCAUUAUUAUUAUUAUUAUUACGAUUGUGAUGAUUGACCAAUGUUUACAUUUUAUCUCCUUUUUUUUCUUUCUUUUUUUUGUGAAAAUCAAACGACAAAGUAAACAGUGAUGUUUUCACAUAAUUAAAAAAAAGAGGACCAUGUAACCGAGUAAAUUUAUCAAGAAAACUGAUAAACAAAUACAUUUUCGUUUUGUAUAAACAAACGAUAAACAUUCUUAUUAUUACUAUUAUUAUUAUUAUUACAAGAUUUCAAGAAGAAUAAGUGAGGGAGAGGGAGAGAGAAAAAUAAAUAAAUAUUAGACAAUAAGUAUC